UUCUCUUGAAGUGUUUCAACAAUGGCGGAUCAAUCUCUUCACUCUCCGAUAAAACCACAUUUCUUCAAGCCUCUUCUUCCAGGCUUCCGCACUCACCUCGACAUUCCUGUAGCUUUCUUCUCAAAGUACGUUGAAGGAAGAAACGACCAAAACAAGACUGCGAAACUGAGAUCAGAUGCGUCGGGCAUAACUUGGUUAGUGAAGAUGGACGGUUUGAAAUUAACGGACGGGUGGGAAGAUUUUGCCUCUGCACAUGAUCUCCGAACUGGCGACAUCGUCGUUUUCAGACAUGAAGGAGAGAUGGUGUUUCAUGUCACAGCUUUGGGACCAAGUUGCUGUGAGAUUCAAUAUACAUCUUCAUCAUCUCACAACAUCAAUGAUGAUGAUCAAACCAACACUGUUUCAAGAAACGGUUCAAGAGUAAAGAAGAAUCCAAGAAAGAAAGUGGAGUCUUCAUCAAACCAUUCUCGUUUUGUGGCAAAUGUCACAGCUUGGGGCCUAAGCAAUGAUCGACUGAAUAUACCACUUCCUUUCGGGAGGUCAAACGGUCUGAACAAAAUGCGCGGUAAGAAAAUCUAUCUUCACAAUGAAGAAGGAAGAUCAUGGAAGUUGAGUUUGGAACACGACAAAACAGGCAUUCGUACUUAUGUCAAAUCCGGCUGGAGAAGAUUCUGCGAUGCAAAUGGGAUUAGCCAAGGUCAAAAACAUACAUUCAAACUGGUCCGAAGAUCUGCACCGCCUGUCAUCCGUUUGUGCCGUCCGAAAUCAAGGCCAAAACAAAGAUCAGAAUCAGAAUCUCCAUCAGACCAUUCUUGUUUUGAGGGAUCUGUCAGUCCUUCAAGCCUAAGCAAUGAUCAACUGUAUCUUCCAAGGAGCUUUGUGAGCUUACAUGGUCUGGAGAAAAGAUGCAGUGUGAUAAUUUUAAAGAAUGAACAGGGAAGUAAAUGGCCUUUAGUUUUGAAGCACACCAAGUCAAUCAACCUUACUUAUCUCAAAAAAGGCUGGACCAGUUUCUGCGACUUUAACGGGAUCAAAGUUGGAGAUUCCUUCAAGUUUAAACUGUCUGGAACCUGGGAAGAACCUGUUCUUUCUUUGUGCCCUGCUGAGGCCAACCGUGCCAAAACUCCAUUAAAGUGUUCAGAAGGAAGUGAUGAUAUAAAUCCUGAAGAAAGUGAAGAAGACAAGAAUAUCUCACAGGAAUGCUUGGAGAUCAAGAAAAGGAAGUACCGGUCGAGAUGCAGAGCUUCUGUAGAAAACAUGGAUGAUGACCAGACAAACAUUGGAAAGAGUUCAAGAGUGAAGAAAAAUCCAAGAAAGAAAGUGGAGUCUUCAUCAAACCAUUCUCGUUUUGUGGCAAAAGUCUCAGCUUGGGCCCUAAGAAGUGAUCGACAGUAUAUACCAAUUACUUUCGCGAGGUUUAACGGUCUGAACAAAAUGCGCUGUAAGAAAAUCUAUCUUCACAAUGAAGAAGGAAGAUCAUGGAAGUUAGGUUUGGAACACGACAAAACAGGCAUGCAUACUUAUCUCAGAUCCGGUUGGAGAAGAUUCUGCUCUGCAAAUGGUAUUAGCCAAGGUCAACAACAUACAUUCAAACUGGUCCGCAAAUCGGCACCACCUGUCAUCCGUUUGUACCGCUCAAAACCUAAACCAAAACAAACAUCAGAAACAGAAUCUGCAUCAGACAAUUCUUGUUUUGAGGGAUUUGUUGAUCCUUUAAGCCUAAGCAAUGAUCUACAGUAUCUUCCAAGGAACUUUGUGAUCUCAAAUGGUCUGGACAAAAGAUGCAGUGAGAUAGUUCUAAAGAAUGAAGAGGGAAUAAAAUGGCCUUUAGUUUUGAAACACUACAAAUCAGCUACUUAUCUAAAAAAAGGCUGGUCUAGUUUCUGUCAAGUAAACAGGAUCAAAGCUGGAGAUUCCUUCAAGUUUAAACUGGUUGGAACCUGGAAAGAACCUGUUCUUUCUUUGUGCCCUACAGAAUCCAACCGUGAAAAGAAUCCAUCAAAGUGUUCAGGAGGUAGUGAUGAUGUGAAGCCCGAAGAAAGUGAAGAGGAGAGUAAUGAAGACAAGAAUAUCUCACAGCAUUGCUUGGGGAUCAAGAAAAGGAAGUAUCAGUCGAGAUGCAAAGCUUCUGUAGAAAACAUGGAUGAUGACCAGACCAACAUUGGAAACAGUUCGAGAGUGAAGAAGAGUCCGAGGAAAACAGUAGAGUCUUCAUCAGACCAUCUUAGUUUUGUGGGAAAUGUCACAGCUUCAAGCCUAAGAAAUGAUCGACUGUAUUUACCACUGAGUUUCGAGAGGUCAAAUGGUCUAGACAAAAUGAGCGGUAAGAAGAUUGUUCUUCUUAACGAAGAAGGAAGAUCAUGGAAGUUAAAUUUGUCAUACAACAAAGCAGGCAUGCAUACUUAUGUCAGAUCUGGUUGGAAAAGUUUCUGUGAUGCAAAUGGGAUGAGCCAAGGUCAACAGUAUACAUUCAAACUGGUCCGAAGAACUGCGCCGCCUGUCUUGCGUUUGUACCUUGCAAAACAUAGACCAAAACCAGAAUCUUCAUCACAACAUUCCUAUUUUGUGGGAUCUGUCUCUGCUUCAAGCCUAAACAAAGAUAAACUGUAUUUAUGGAGGAGUUUUGUGAGCUCAAAUGGUCUGGACAAAGGAUGCAAUAAGAUGACUUUAAAGAAUGAAUGGGGAAGAGAAUGGACUUUAGUCUUGAAACACUACGAAUCAAUACGCUUUACUAUUAUCAAACGAGGCUGGACAAGUUUCUGCCAAGACAACGGAUUAAAAGCUCGAGACUCCUUCAAGUUUAAACUUGUUGAGACCGGGGAAAACCCUAUUCUUUCUUUGUGCCCUGCAGAUUCCAACCGUGACAAAACUCCAUUAGAGUAUGCUAAAGGUAUUGAUAAUGUAAAGUCCCUAUCCUCAAGUCCUAGCAGCGGAGAUGACAGUAGCAGAUCCAAAAAAAGUGAGGAUGAGAGUAUUGAAGACAAGAACAUCUCACAGGAUUGCUUGGAGAUCAAGAAAAGGAAGUAUUGCUUGAAUUGUAGAGCUUCAUCUUCAUAUACUCCAAACCGAUUCGUGACAUUAACUCUUACACAGUCCGCUUUUCAUAACUCUAAACUGUUUCUUCCGCGUGGUUUCACGAAGGUGAAUGGCAUCAACAAGCCAAGGAAGAUAACUCUGUUGGGUCAAGAUGGAGUAAUAUGGGUGGUGGAUCUCUAUCAGGAAAAAAAAUGCGGAACAAUGCGGUUUGGAAAAGGGUGGAAACAGUUCUGUGAAGCUCAAGGCGUAAAGGUAGGCGAGUCUUUUAUGUUGGAACUGAUCUGGGAAGACGAAGCAAGUCCGGUGCUUAAGUUCUGCACCAAAGUAAACUCUGCUUGAGACUGUUUCCAGAGAAGUAGCUUGUGGUGUGUCAACAUUAUUUCUCUUUUAUCUCUCCUGGUUCAUAUAGGAACAGAGAUGUAGCUAGCUCUGCAAUAUUUCCUCUGUGUCAAGAGUUUUCAGCUUGUUGACUAGAUGUCUGUCUACUCAUCGGAGUCUUGUUUAAGAGUUCAGAAAAUGUUAGAACUAACUACUUGUGUGUUGCGAACAUUUUGAGAAUCCCUUAUGUAAUAUUUUCAAUUUCUGCGUCAUUAUCUCGUUAAAAGUUUUUCUUCAAACAUUUACCUAAUCCAUAACAUUUUCAGCAGUACUCACACCUAACAGUCAGAUCCAUCCUUUGGUUGGGAUCUUUUGUAACACGUGAGCGUAAAA